CCCCCUCAACCCCUUCGAGACCGACAGGCACGGCCCAGGGGCGGGUGGCAUGACCUUGGUUCAUCCUCGGCCGCGGAGAAGCGGCGUGACCUUGGCCAAGUCCCCGCUUCCCCAUCCGCUGACUGGCGAAGCUGGACCGCUGGGUCUCCGCUCAGGCCGCUAGGCGUCCUGCGCGGGUACCCUAUCUCCGCCGGCUUCUUCCGCGCGGCACCCCCAGUUCUACGCCUACGCUGGCGGCGUAGCGGCCGCCUGUAGUCGCGCGGCCAGCUCCUUUCAGACGCUGGUUUCCGCCGCGCGGAUUGGGAGGGCGCGAUUCCCGAACGCGGCCUGCGCUGCGAGCGCGCGGUCGUCCCGCAGGCCGGUGCGGCCUUACGCCGCUGACGCAUCGCGCCCAAGAUGGCGGCGCGGUCGUCGUCGGGGGUGGCGGUGGCAGAGGGGGCGGCGGCCCUGGCGGCAGCGGAGACGGCAGCCGUGACGGUGGCAGCGGCGGCGCGGGACCUGGGCCGGGGGGAAUGAGGCGGCCGCGGCAGGCCAGCGGCGGAGCCGUGUAGCGGACAAGCUCCCCCUCCCUGCUUCCCUUGGCCAAGCCGGGGGCGCGCGCGCACGCGGCCGUCCAGAGCGGGCUCCCCACCCCUCGACUCCCGCGACCCGCACCGCACCCCCCACCCGGGCCCAGAGGAUGAUGAAGCUUAAGUCGAACCAGACCCGCACCUACGACGGCGACGGCUACAAGAAGCGGGCCGCAUGCCUGUGUUUCCGCAGCGAGAGCGAGGAGGAGGUGCUACUUGUGAGCAGUAGUCGCCAUCCAGACAGAUGGAUUGUCCCUGGAGGAGGCAUGGAGCCUGAGGAGGAGCCAAGUGUGGCAGCGGUUCGUGAAGUCUGUGAGGAGGCUGGAGUAAAAGGGACAUUGGGAAGAUUAGUUGGAAUUUUUGAGAACCAGGAGAGGAAGCACAGGACGUAUGUCUAUGUGCUCAUUGUCACUGAAGUGCUGGAAGACUGGGAAGAUUCAGUUAACAUUGGAAGGAAGAGGGAAUGGUUUAAAAUAGAAGAUGCCAUAAAAGUGCUGCAGUAUCACAAACCCGUGCAGGCAUCGUAUUUUGAAACAUUGAGGCAAGGCUACUCAGCCAACAAUGGCACCCCAGUCGUGGCCACCACAUACUCGGUUUCUGCUCAGAGCUCGAUGUCAGGCAUCAGAUGACUGAAGACUUCCUGUAAGAGAAAUGGAAAUUGGAAACUAGACUGAAAUGCAAAUCUUCCCUCUCACCCUGGCUCUUUCCACUUCUCCUCACAGGCCUCUUCUUUCAAAUAAGGCAUGGUGGGCAGCAAAGAAAGGGUGUAUUGAUAAUGUUGCUGUUUGGUGUUAAGUGAUGGGGCUUUUUCUUCUCUUUUUAUUGUGGGGUGGGGGUUGGGUGUGUAAUUUGUAAGUACUUUUGUGCAUGAUCUGUCCCUUCCUCUUCCUACCCCUGCAGUCCUCUGAAGAGAGGCCAACAGCCUUCCCCUGCCCUGGAUUCUGAAGUGUUCCUGUUUGUCUUAUCCUAGCCCUGGCCAGACGUUUUCUUUGAUUUUUAAUUUUUUUUUAUUAAAAGAUACCAGUAUAAGAUGAAAUCUUUCAAGAAUUUGUCCUAUAAUAUGCUGUACAGUUCAGUAGAGUGGUCACUUCCACUGCAGGAUACAUUUAUCUACACAUUAUAUAUCGGACAUAUAAUAUGUAAAUAAAUGACUUGUAGAAAGAGAAAUUUGUUUAAUUUUUCAAGAUUUUUUUCUCUUUUAAUUUGGGCAUUUCUGGAAUUGAGAGCCUCACAAUUAAUAUACCUUUUCGUUUUUGAUGCUAGUGGCUGGGCAGGUUGCCCUGUCCUCUCUCUAGUUCCCAGUCGUUGACUGUAGGUAUGGGAAGUGUUUAGCUACCUUCAUAGUGCUCCCAGGACUAAUGGUCUUUCCUUCUUUAAGCUGUAUUUCCAUACCAAGAAAGAAACAGGAAGAAACCUUUAUUUUAUUAUUAUUUUUUUUAACCAAGCUAGGAACAAAUGUCUCAGCCCAGAUCUGUAAAAACAAUGAUAGCAAUUGAAUUCUGCCCCACAUGUUGACAGUAGGGUUUGAACUGGAUUCGUGGGAUUGCUUAUCUAAAAAACUGGAGCAUCAGGUACCAUUUCUAUCCUGCUGGUUUGGAAUCUUUUCCGUAAUGCUACUUAUUACCGACAACGACCUCUCUUUGUGUCCGUAUAUGCCUUACACGUGCUGACCUGGAUAUUGUCCUUGUGCUCUGAAGCAUCCAACUGUACUUUGCAGGUGCAUCAAUGUAGUCCCGUCCCCGAACUGGGUAACCGUGUUCCUGAAAAGUACACUGGGGAAAUUCACCUGCUUGCUUGUCUUUGUAAUGGCACGGCACUUGUGAUUGCACCAUGAAGCAUGCUCAGAGCUAUUAAAUUGGUCUCCCAUCUCCCACCAGGAUAUGAAAGGUCCAUAUGGGAAGCCACGUAAUCACUUAUUACAGUGGUUACAUAAUACACUGGCUCACUGCAGACUCUUGUUGUUUUUUGAUACAGGUUUCGUGCUGACUUCAUUUGCCAAUUGUGUUGUUUAGUUCGGAAGUAAGAGGGUCUUGAGAUUGAGGGAUAGGGAGGAGUACACUGAUCCCUGGCUUAGAACAAGAGAUUAUCUCUGUACCCCAGUGUCAUCUCCUUAGCCAAGAUGUGAAAUUAAAAUCGUAGUUCUCCUUAUUUAAAAAUUCUAAUAAAGCACUCAAACUUUGAAAAACUUUUACUUUUCCCUCCUACUAAAAGAAAUGUAUGUACCUCAUAGGCCUGUGUCAUUUAGUGUUCAGCACUUUUGGGAACAUCAGUUGGUGAACUUUAAAUUUUGUUGUCUACUCACCAGGCAUGGUGGCUCACACCUGUAAUCCCAGCACUUUGGGAGGCCAAGGCAGGCGGAUCAUCUGAGGUCAGAGGUUUGAGACCAGCCUGGCCAACAUGGUGAAACCCCUGUCUCUACUAAAAAUAUAAAAAUUAACUGGGCGUGGUGGGCGCCUAUAAUCCUAGCUACUUGUGAGACUGAGGCGAGAUAAUCGCUUGAACCUGGGAGGCAGAGGUUGCAGUGAGCCGAGAUUGCACCACUGUCGUCCUGCCUGGGCAACAAGAGUCUGAAACUCCAUCUCAAAAAAGAAAAAAAAAUUGCUGUGUACUCUUAGUUUACAUCCUCUCUCCCAAUCUUGAAACACAGAGCCAAAGAGCAGUUGUAUUCUUGGGAUACCAUGAUACCUCUGGGAAAGGAAUUAUAUCCCCAAGGAGAGGUCCCAUUGGAGAAGAACAACACUGUGGAACUUGAGUCUGAAUGCCAACUUCCUAUUCACAUACCCUUCUUAAAAACGAACACACUGUUUCUUAUCCUGACCUAGAGCAUUCUAAAGUUCUGUUCAAAUAAAGAGCAAAAUAAAGUAGAUUUAACCAAGUGCUAAGUGGAAUUCAAGAAACACAUUCUUCCAGAUAAAUACUACUUUUAUGGUAUGGAUUUGAAAGUCCUUUGCAGGAAAACAGUCAAUACUCUUUUAAAAAAGGAACUGCAGGGCCGGGCAUAGCGGUUCACACCUGUAAUCCCAGCACUUUGGGAGGCCAAGGCAGGUGGGUCACUUGAGGACAGGAGUUUGAGACCAGCCUGGCCAACAUGGCAAAACCCUGUCUCUUCUCAAAUACAAAAAUUAGCUGGACGUGAUGGUGCACGCCUGUAAUCCCAGCUACUUGGGAGGCUGAGGCAUGAGAAUCACUUAAACCUUCCUGGGGGGCGGAGGUUGCAGUGAGUCAAGAUCAUGCCACUGCACUCCAGCCUAGGUGACAGAUCGAGACUCUGUCUCAAUAAAUAAAUUAGAAAAUAAAACAGACCUGCAGUGCUAACAGUAAUGUAUACAUUUGUUAAUGGUCUGAGUGUGUUUUGACUGGGCUAGUGUAAUAAUAUACUACCCUGAAAGGGCAGUUUUGAUUGUUGUUGGUGUCUUUGGGUCAGGAAAGUGAACUGUGCCAACAAGUAUUUUUCAGUGACAUGAAUGGAUUCCUGUUAAUGCAAUUAACUGAGACACUGUGCUUAUGCUUUCUUAACUGACAAAAAGAGGCUUUGUCCAACAUCAGAAUUGUUGAAACUGGUGCUGUUUUCUGUUGCACUGGGAUUCUGAUGAUCUGGGAUUUUCCCUCCCUGGCACUGUAAACACCAUGGCUGUCUUUACUGAGAAUAUCAUCACAGUCCUUUAGUGAUACAUUAGACCCAUGGUUGCAAUACCUUUAUCUCCCCAAAGAAAAGAAUCAAAAGAAAGCACAAAAACUACCCUGUUUGCAGAAUAUUUCAUUGACACUGAUUUGUCAUUAAUUCUGCCAGUGCUGACCUCAUUCAGACUUGGUGGAAACAGAUUCCUAUGUUUAGGGCAGAAACCUAGCCUCUUGCUCACAGUGAAUUUGCAUGUCCUAGAUUCUGGUUAUUGCUAGAGCAUCCAUUAAAGUCUACCAAACUCAGGACAUAAAAAGAUAGCAGUGAAUUUUAAAAAUUUUUUAGUUUAUAAAUUAUAAUCAUUGGGGAAACACUAGUAAGGUCAUGUGGUCUUUUGGACCAGGAUUUUCUCCUCUCUUCUGUCUCUGUGUGUAUAUGUGUGUGUGUGUGUGUGUGUGUGUGUGUAGGAGGACAGAAGGGCUACCAGGAGGUGUCAACCAUGUUAGAUUUUCUGUAGCCUUCCAGAAACAGUGCAGCCCAUGAAACAGGAAUCUUAAUUUUCCUCAUUGCAAAUAUAACAGGAUGGAACAGUUAGUGAAUUGACUGUUUUGUUUUUGCAAGUGUCCACCACUCCAUCCGCCCUGCAUGGAGAGGGCUCUCUCACUGCUAGGUCUAGGCUGAGCCAUCUGGAAGGAUCAAAGGGUGUGGGAGUAUCACUGCCUCUCAGGCUGCAGAAGGUCUCGAGGGUGGUGUCACAGCAGGAUUUCCGCCUUCUGCAUUGCGCUGCACAGCCCCAUGGAACGUGAGGCACUUGAGGCCUUGCUUCUUGUAGCCUCUGGGGAGCAGAGUAGGUCACUGCCCUCUGGGAGUGUUUUGCAGUAGUUUUGUAAAUGUGUUGCUACAUAGUCAAGUUCCUUUGUGGCAAAGCAAUAUUUUGUUUUGAUAUUAGGAGUCAGCCCAUGUAUUAUCUCUUAGGCUUGCUUGCUUAGAAGAAAAAAGUCACCCUCUGUGGUUUUUAAAAGAAGAAAAAAAUUCUGUGCCGAUCCAUUCCUCCCCCUGCUCCUUCCCUUUUCUCUACAUACAGUGCUCAUUGGGGGCUCCUGCUAAACCUUCUUAACCAGAGAAGUAAUAGGUACUUGUUAGACCUGAGUGUACGUUUCACAUGUUAUCCUUCACCUAUUUCUCAUUUCAUCUAGUACUUUCUUAAUGCCUUUGUUGGAGUCCCCAUCCUCAUCUUUUUUUAAAAAAAAAAAAAACCAGCUGAGCCUAAGUCACAUGCACAUUUUUUAGUUCACAAAAAGGAUUUAAUAGCCACAUUGUGAUUUUUGCCACAACUGUGUGAUUUUAAUAUUCUCUAAUAUCAAGGGUGGAUUUAGAAUUGAAGGAAAUACCUGGAGAAAUCACAGUGGGAUGAAUUUUUGCUUUAAGAGAAAUGAGAGUUGGCUGUAAUUGAUAAUACAGCUUUAUCCUAGUCUCAUCUGCAUUUCAGAAAAUAACCCUCAUCUUUACAAAACAUAGGACACUUGUGAGACAGUUAACUCAAGCAGCUGUGGGGAGGGAGGACAUUAUUGAAUGGUGAUUAAAUAAUGCAGAUGGCCCUUCUGUUUCUUAAAGACGGUGGAAGAGGUCAGACUGCCCAGUUGAGGUGGCAGUCAUUUAUUCGGAGUCCUGUUGGAUAGAGCCUGUCUCCUCGAGGCUCCAGAGGCUUCCAGGAUGUGGAGCUGUGCAUGUUAGUGACUCAGCCUUGCCUUCAUCAGGGCACCCACCUAACUUGGAGCAAGUGGGAGAGGACCCCAGAGUCAUCCUCUGUGCUGUUUGGUGAGUUUUGCAGCGGAGACUUCAUUCAGGAGAGCUGUGUUUCUGUGUCACUUGGAAUAUCACCUAAAAAUGAAACACUUGAUAUUUUAAGGUAUUAAAACAAAAAAAAGUGAAUUGGGGAGCAUUGGCUGCAAUCCCUAAAAGAUACUGUUAUCUGUGCAUCAGGUUGACUUGAGAUCACCACAGGUCCUGGGAGCCCAGAGAGUUUAGGCAUGCUGUCCUUUGGAGGCCAGCAGCCUUUCACAAACCCUGCCUCUAAAAGGGUGGUUUCACAUUUGACCAUGUUUUUGCAUUAGCCUCAGAAACUCUUGUCUUUAGCUGAUAACCUUUGAGGGAUGUGAGAAGCCUAGUUGGAGCAUCUGAGAAAAUGAUACCUCUCACCUUCAAAUUAAUCAAAUAGUUUGUCCUCCUAGUCCCCUUAUAAAUUAAUAAAUGGAGGACCAGGCACGGUGGUUCACGCCUGUAAUCCCAGCACUUUGGGAGGCCAAGGUGGGUGGAUCACAAGGUCAGGAGUUCAAGACCAGCCUGACCAGUAUGGUGAAACCCCGUCUCUACUAAAAAUAGCAAAAUUAGCCAGGCAUGGUGACACACUCCUAUAGUCCCAGCUACUCGGGAGGCUGAGGCAGGAGAAUCGCUUGAACCUGGGAGGCAGAUGUUGCAGUGAGCCGAGAUCCCGCCACUGCACUCCAGCCUAGGUGACAGAGCAAGACUCUGUCUCAAAAAAAAAAAAAAAUUAAUAGGAAGAGAAUCCCAUUUUGUGAUGAUUUGGGCACACUACUUGAGCUGAGGCUAGCAGUCAUGUGAUUUUGGAUGUCUCUGACCUGAAGCUUUUGAAGUAAGAGUUAUGUCUCUUCCCUGAAGCUUUGUUUACGGUGAUAAUUUGGUGAGUUUGAGCUUGUCUUAGAAAAUAAGACUGUCCACCUGGGGAGGGGAGCUUAUAGGGAACCCAUGUUAACUCAGAAUGCUGAAGAAAGUGCUUUUAGCCAAAAAAGUAAGAUUACUACCUAGAAGGUAGAAAGAAGUCAUUGCUUCUGUUCCUCCAGCAGUCAGUUGUUUAAUAACUCUAGGUUUCCUUUCGUUUUUAUCCCCAGUUCUUACUACUAAAACUUAUUUGACUUCCUAUCAGGAAGCAGACAAAAAAAGCGCCAUUUAAAACCCUGGAUAGAGGCUUUAAAGGAUACAAAAACAGCAGCAUUGUCAUUUUGUUCAUCACCAUUUGGAUGUACUACCCAUUCUUCCACCGUCCCUUUCCUGCCGCCAAGCCUCCCAGCCAGACCAGAUGUGAAGAUUACAUUAAUCACUGAUUCAGAGAACAUUAAUUCUUGUCUGGAUUAAUUAUCUACUCAAUUGCUUAUUAUCUGUGACUACCUUGCAGAGAAUAUCUCAACAGUGCAGUAAAUUAGCUCUCCUAGACUUGAGCUUCCAGCCAGGCAUUUAGAUCACUCUUAAGCCUUUGUGGAAUUCUGAGAGAAAAAAGGAAGAUGCCUCAAUGCCAAUGCUGGGCCUUAAGACUCUACUCCCCUCCCUGUAGGGUGGGGCAAGUGGCUCAGCUUUGGAAAAUCAUUUUGCCAGUAAGAUUGCCUGUGAAUCCCUUUUAAGAAGUCGUCCUGAUCUGAGCCUGUCUUCCUGAGCACUUUGGUGCUAAAUUGAAAAUGGUAAGCUAAAGCAGUGACAGAUCCACAUAGCCUCUUUAACCUCUUUAUUGUCUUGCCAAAAAAAAAGUUUCUCAGGUUAAACCUUGGUCUUUAACCUCCCUUUGUUGUGGAGAAAAUGUGUCACUAAUCAGUGGUCCAAAGGAUAUCUAGCUUUGGUUACUCAGUUCCUGCAGCAUAACAGAUACGACUUAUGCCAGGGAACGUAGAAGCUGAUUAUGGAGACACCCAGGAGCAGGAAUAAGAAGGGAUAGGUCUGUUCUACAUAGAACCUCCCCAGAUCUGAAGUUAAGUCUUGGAGAGUUUCCAAAGUGCUGAAGGAGAAAGGAGACUUGGAGGGCCUUUGCUUAAUGAACAAGAGGCUUGUUCCCAAGAACGUGGAGUUCCGAAGGGAGUAACAGGUACCUGAGCUAUAGCUCACAGACGGAAACCUGCCCACUCACCCCGUCCCUGGUGACUGAGAGCAUUUUUGCUCAGAAUUUUCUAAGAGGACUCUCCCUUCAGAAAUCCAAUUUGCUACCAGAAUUUUGUUUAGACUCUGAGAAUCUCACCCUUUCACUUCCAUCUGUGAAUGGACAUAGAUGUGUUGCUCAGGGAUCAGAAACAUCAGAGUCCAGGGCCCAGUGGCAUGGUGUUGCAUUAGUAGUUAGAAAAGUGAUUGGUCAACUCUACUGUAAAAGAAGUAAGUAGUACAGUUUUGUAAAUGUCAGGUCUGUUCUAUUGUUUUAUGAUCUGAAGACUAUCAAACUGGUUGAUAAUCAAAGAAAAGGUUGGUGGUUAGAAUAAGUCAAAUUUCAGUUAGAAAGAUAGCUUACCAGUUUUCCCUGUGCUGAAUUAAGGAAGUCAAGAGUAUUUCAGGAUGUUAAGAACUAUUGUAAAAUGGAAUUGAAGUAAGUGUCUCUCGCCUUCUUAGGUGUAUCAGAGAGAGGAAGUGGAAGGACAGUAGUAGCAUCUUCAUACUUACUUUUGCCAGCCCAGCCUCCAUUUCAAAGACUUUGUCUUCCAUCCUAUCCAAUGACAUGGUCAGGGAUGGGCUCUGAGGAGGCAGUGAGGCCCCACCUUGGUUUGCUCAGCUGUGAUGUGUAGUCUCCACACAGCUUAAGGGUUUUUAAGGAGUUUUCUCACAGGAUUACCUCCACUCCACUCAUCUACCAUCAGCAUCAGAAAGGUUAACAUCCCUGGGACCAUUCCACUUAUAAAAGAGAUGAACUAGUGUGCUUUCUCCCCUUUUCCAGGUGUGCCAUCCAUAUACAGUCUCCUCUUGGCCAGGUUCAACAAGUGUUUCCAGGGAACCGUGUGGCUUGAGCCUAAGUAGCCAAAAUGUAUUGCGUUUACGUUUUUCCAGAGGACAAAAGUAUUUCUUGUCCCUUUUCCCUCAUGCUCAUAUGUUUUAGCUGAGGCUUAAAAGGCCAAGUUGAGUAAUGUCUCUGGAACUGAGACAGAGCCAGGGACCCAUGUACCCAGGGACCAGUCCCCUGGGGAAUCACACAGUGGCUCCGACUAGACUGCUCUGUCCCACCAGAACUCUGCUGCUGUUCAUUUCCAUCAGGACCACCCGGGAAAGCAAGUAAGCUGGCCUUCUUAUCGUUAGAUCACCUAAUCUCUUGGGCUGCAGGGUGACAGCAUAUAUAGAUCUCCUGUUUAGACAGUGUGUUCAUAAUUGUAGAAAGGGAUAGCAAAUGGAACCACCAAGAGGCUGCAUCAUUUUUGAAGAGGAUGGCAAGGAUGACCCCAAAUGAGCUCAACAAAACUGGGAAUCCAAGGAAUGGUGCUUGUAGGGAAAGAGAGGUCAGUUUUGGUCCUUAAACCUCUUGGCACCUGGUGUGGGUUAUAAAACAAGGAGCUGGAGUAAAAUUGUCCUUACCUCCAAUCCAAAUGCUGUCUGGGAUUUGGGAGCUACCCAACCUGUGGGUAUAUGGUGUUGGUUUCCAUUUUUUGUUUGCGUGUUUCCAAAACAAUCUUGCUUGGUACUGCAUGGAAAGUUCAAGCUUUUCUUCUUGCCCGCUCAGGACUACCUGUCUGGGCUGGCCUUUUCCCCGUGUCUUCACAGCGUUCCUAAGGAAGAUUUUUGCAGCGCUCUCUGGAGCUGAGGGGAGUGGAAUUUGGUCCAGAGAAGGCGGAAGGAAAUAGUUUUCCUGUUUCCUUUUCUCGAGGCGGAUGUUCUCAGGCUUCCUUCACACCUCCUUCCCAUGGGUGCGGCUGGCAGUACUGUCAGGUUGUGGAGGAGGGCUCAGAAGAAAGGGGCACUGGUUCAGCCCCAGGUUUGGUCUGAGACAGGCACACAGCAGAUACUAUCCCACCUUCCUCUCUUAAGAACAGGCCAGCCACACAUAUAACCCUUUCCCUACUUUACUAAUAUGUCCCUUAUGUGGUAUCAGCAAUGGAGGACAGGCAGACUUACCCCCUGCCACCUGGAGAGAAUGUUGUUACUACCCGUAAAACUUGACCACCCCCAUAUUCCACUCCUUUUUGUAAAAACAAAUGCUUAAACCUGUGAGCCUGCCAUUCCUUUCUAUGUGUUAAUCAGUUUCCUUCCAUUUGAGCUGUGUGGGAGGGAAGGGCAUUGAAACUGUAGGUUGUAAUCUUGUGCCAACCAAUAAAAACCAGUAUUUCACACAUA